CUCCUUUGUAGAUGUCAAAUUGAACUGACGUGAAAAAAUUAAACUAACUAACGUCAAGAGUCAGGCUGUUGUUCAUCGACUUCUAUUUAUUUAUUUGUUGGUGAGGUGUUUAAACUAUUGCAUGUGCAGCUUUUGUUGCACAAAUUGACUUGUCAAUAAGUGAUCGAGAUUCAGUAUGUCGAGCGCCGACAGAAUUGACUUUGAAAUGGAGGUUGAGGUGGAGAGUGCUUCAUCAGGGCCGGCAGUAGAUCCGCCUAACCCUACAUCCCCUGCGCCUCCGACCCCUGGAGGCAACAAAAGCGUGGUAGUUACGACGGCCACCUCCGGCUCAGUCACAGUGUCUUUACAUCCACUUGUCAUUAUGAAUGUUUCUGAGCAUUGGACGAGAUUACGAGCACAAGAAGGAUCUCCGCAAACAGUAAUUGGAGCAGUUAUUGGCAAGCAAAAAGGUCGCAACAUAGAAGUUAUGAACUCAUUCGAAUUAGUGUUUAGUGUGAUUGAUGGGGAUAUUAUUAUCGACAGAGAUUACUACAACUUGAAGGAAGAACAAUUUAAACAAGUGUUUUCGGACAUGGACUUCCUGGGCUGGUACACAACUGGUGACACUCCCACAGAGAAAGACAUUGCUGUCCACAGACAAAUCUGUGACAUCAAUGAGUGCCCCGUCAUGUUGAUGCUCAAUCCAGCUGGACGGAAUGGUGAACAACUUCCAGUAGUACUGUAUGAGUCAGUAAUAGAUGUAGUGAAUGGUAGAGCAACCAUGUUACUGGCACCUCUUACAUACACACUGGCAGCAGAAGAAGCUGAAAGGAUUGGUGUGGACCAUGUUGCCAGGGUGUCCUCUGGUGAAGCUGCUCUCAACAGUUUAGUCGCUGAGCACUUAACGGCUCAACGCUCUGCUAUCAAGAUGUUGGUGUCCCGCGUGCGCGCGGUGCUGGCCACGGUCCGCGCGAUCCGCGACGGCUCGCUGCCGCCGCGGCCUGCACUGUUACGCGAAGCUCGCGCUCUUUCCAACCGACUGCCGCUGCUCACGUCGCAACAGUUCCGCACACACUUUUAUAAUCAAUGCAAUGACGUAGCUCUGAUGACGUACCUGGGCACAAUCACAAAAGGCUGCAAUGCUAUCAACCAGCUAGUCAAUAGAUUUAAUGUUCUCUACGACAGACAGGGCAUGGGUCGUCGUAUGAGAGGCCUCUUCUUUUAGGGUGGACGUUAAUAUUACAUUUUGUACAGCAACUAGGAUAGCAUAGGGCGAGUGGAAAAAAUGCACUUUGAUAAUGUUUGCGUGACUUCAGUUGGGUUGUAUUGUUUUUUCCAUGAGUUCUAUACUAAUAUACUAAGUAAUUAAUUUUGGCGUGUUUGUCUAUUGCCAUGCUUGGGAAUAUUACUUCCACACUAAAGAAUUGUAAAAAUGUUGAAGGAAGAUACGUCUUUUCUAUUUCUUUCCAGUAAAUGCUACAUACGUUAUGUCCGACAUGUUAUUAUUGAAAGCCUAUAAUUUACGGUCCGCGCAUUAGUUGUAACUCUUCACACUACGCCUUUAUCUUAAAGGAACAGAUAUCAAUUUAUUAAUCCUUGUUACGAUUCAUGUGCGGUUGACCAUACACUGUUGACACUGGCCAUGAAUUAUCCAUAUUAUAAAACUUGUGUAUUUUAAAUCAGGCAGUCGCCGCUUGUUUAUUGCAAAAGGUAUACUAAAUUAAAUAUGUCGUGGUAAUUCCAUGGCUAGUGACUGAUUCAAAAUGCAACAGCUUUAUAAUGAACUUUGGAAUCAUUGUAAAACAACUACCGAAAAUAAAACACAAGUAUGUGA